AAAAUACAAGUUGAAAAGUAAAGAAAAUGGCAUAAAGCAGAAGCACAAUGGAGGCUUAAACCCUAGGCAGGUUGUGAAUGGAUUGUAAUUCAAAGAGAGAAACAGACGAUCCAUUCUCGCAUCUUGAUUUUGAAAUUUGAGGAUGCUCAAUCCAAUAAGGUAUGCCAUUCCCAAAUUCUCUAUUUCUUCUCGUUUCUUUGGUCAUUUCCAACCCCAAAAUCCCCACAAAAAUUGUAGAUUUCGUAAUGUAGAUGAUGCUGUUACUUGUUUCAAUCGCAUGGUUCGUGUUUUUCCUCCUCCGCCCACUUCUGUAUUUGACAAGCUUUUGGGUGCUAUUGUCAGAAUGGGUCAUUAUCCCACUGCCAUUUCACUCUUUACGCAACUUCAAUCAAAGGGAAUUUCCCCUUCCAUUGCUACUUUCACCAUCUUGAUUAAUUGUUACUUUCAUCAAUCUCACACGGCUUUUGCUUUUUCAUUAUUGGCUACCAUUCUUAAGAGUGGUUAUCAACCCAAUUUGGUCACUUUUAAUACAAUUAUCAAUGGUUUUUGUAUCAAUGGUAUGAUCUUCAAAGCUUUAGACUUUUGCCAAAACCUACUAGCCCAAGGGUAUCUUUUUGAUCAAUUUACUUAUGGGACUUUGAUUAAUGGGUUAUCCAAAAAUGGGCAAAUAAAAGCUGCCCUUCAUUUGCUACAGGAGAUGGAGAAAAGCUCCGUUCAACCCAAUCUAGUAAUGUAUAGUGCACUCAUUGAUGGACUCUGCAAAGAUGGAUUUGUUUCGGAUGCCCUUGGGUUGUGUUCUCAAAUUGGUGAGAGGGGGAUUUUACUUGAUGCUGUUACCUACAACUCUCUAAUCGAUGGUUGUUGUAGUGUGGGUCGAUGGCAAGAGGUUACUCAAUUACUAACAAAAAUGGUGCGGGAGAAUGUUGACCCAGAUGACUAUACCUUUAACAUAUUGAUUGAUGCAUUAUGUAAAGAAGGGAGGAUCUUAGAAGCACAAGGUGUGCUUGCGAUGAUGUCGAAAAGAGGCGAGAAACCGGACAUUGUUACUUACAAUGCUCUGAUGGAGGGGUAUUGUUCAAGAGAAAAUGUCCACGAGGCAAGAGAACUAUUCAAUAGAAUGGUCAAAAGAGGCUUGGAACCUGAUGUCUUGAAUUAUAAUGUCUUGAUUGAUGGUUAUUGCAAGACUAAAAUGGUGGAUGAAGCCAUGGUUCUCUUUAAAGAGCUAUGUAAUAAAAAUUUAGUCCCUACUAUUGCUUCUUACAAUUCUCUUAUCGAUGGCUUAUGCAAUUCGGGAAGAAUAUCACAUGUGAAGAAGCUUCUUGAUGAAAUGCAUGGUAGUGCUCAACCCCCUGAUGUAGUCACGUAUAAUAUAUUGAUUGAUGCAUUAUGUAAAGAAGGAAGGAUCUUAGAAGCCCUAGGUGUGCUUGUUAUGAUGAUGAAAAAAGGCGUGAAACCUAACAUUGUUACCUACAAUGCUAUGAUGGAUGGGUAUUGUUUAAGAAAUAAUGUUAACGUGGCAAAAGACAUAUUCAAUAGAAUGGUCAAAAGUGGCUUGGAACCUGAUAUCUUGAAUUAUAAUGUCUUGAUUAAUGGUUAUUGCAAGACUGAAAUGGUUGAUGAAGCCAUUGUUCUCUUUAAAGAGAUGCGUCAUAAAAAUUUAAUACCUGAUAUUGCUUCUUACAAUUCUCUUAUUGAUGGCUUAUGCAAUUUGGGAAGAAUACCACAUGUGCAAGAGCUUCUUGAUGAAAUGUGUGAUAGUGGUCAAUCACCAGAUGUAAUCACUUACAAUAUAUUGUUAGAUGCGUUUUGUAAAACCCAACCUUUUGACAAGGCAAUUUCAUUAUUCCGACAGAUUGUUGAAGGGAUUUGGCCUGAUUUUUACACAAACCAUGCAAUUGUUGACAAUUUGUGCAAAGGUGAAAAAUUGAAGAUGGCAGAAGAUGCUCUUAAACAUCUUUUGAUGCAUGGCUGUUCUCCCAAUGUACAAACAUAUACUAUUCUUAUCAAUGCACUUUGUAAAGAUGGCUCUUUUGGUGAAGCUAUGCUCUUACUUUCAAAAAUGGAGGACAAUGAUCGCCCCCCUGAUGCUAUAACUUUUGAAAUAAUUAUUGGUGUACUGCUACAGAGAAAUGAGACUGAUAAGGCAGAGAAACUUCGUGAAGAAAUGAUCGCCAGAGGUCUAGUAAAUAUUGAAAAAAGGUUGAUGUAUGAAGAGGGAGGGAAUCUGUGAUGGCUGAACUUAUCAUUCAUGUUCUAUUUUCAUAUGACAACCAGUGCAAGUCAAGAUUUACAUGUGUGGGCAAUACCGACUGUGAAGGCCAAAAUAGUUUUGUAAGCUGAAUAUAGACUUUUCAAUGCCAAAUAUCAGAUUUCUAUGGUCAAUGGUUUAUUGGAGUCAACAGCCUCAACCAGAGUCACAAUGUAUUCUUCCCUGCCAGUUCUGGCUUUCAAUCUGGCUCACUUCAAUCUGAGCAAGUUUCAUGCUUGUGAGCUAAAUCAGUGUGAUCAUGUAUUCUUUGGAGAAAUUCACUUCCAUCGUCAAGGAAAGCGCAGGUAGAAGCAGAACUGUCAUAAGGGAACAGUGACUGCUUUGUUCUUGGGAUUCUCAAUUUCUUUUUACCAGUAAUAUUUACAGUCUUCAUUCUAUCAUAUUACUUGAUUUAUCAUUCCUGGAGAUUGUGAAGAUUCAGCGCAUUGCCUUGUGGACUUUGCCAGAGAUAUGUGAGUAUUGAGCGGAAGAUUCGCAGUUCGACUAACUAGAAAGGCCCACCAUUAUCUUUGUUCAAUAUUUUUAACAAGUAGCAGGUUGGAAUUCCAGCAUCAAAACAAUUCUUAAAAUGUAAAAACAACCCAAAUAAAUCACACAAUGGAAAGUUGAGAAGCAGGUUUGAUUCAUUUUCAAUGCUUUUCUACUAAAUAAAACAGCAAUAUACUCUGUAAGAAGAAUAGCAUUGAGGUUCUGUGAACUGGUGAGCACCCAGGAGUUAACGUAGAAUGUACAGCUUGCUCAGGACAGUUGUGCAUACUGCCAAAGAUAAUAAAUAGAUCUGUUGUGACUUGUGAAAGUAAACUUUAGUUCCAUCCAUAAUUUUAGUUCUUCACAUUUACACUUUUGAUAGACAUAUGAUGAUUUAAAGCUACAUCUAAUUCUCACUCAAUCGAA